AAAUCUGCUGAAUGUAAUACAAAGGACAUUAAAUUUAAAGACACUGAUUGGACACUAGACGGAGAAAAGGCAAUUCUUGAUGCAAACAAAGUAGAUAAAUCGGUUGUUGUUGAGAUUAUACGUAUUUCCGAUUUUAUCCGCAAUCCAAUUUUCUUUAUCAAUGAUGAUUUCCCCGGUGAACUUAAACAAGGUGGUCUUGGUGAUUGUUGGUUCCUUGCAGCUCUUGCUGCAAUUGAAGACUUUCCUCGUGUUAUCAAAUCAAUUGCUGUUGCACGUGACGAAAUAAAUGGGAUCUAUGGGUUCGUAUUCUUCAUAAAAAACAACUGGGUUGGUACUAUAGUGGAUGACUAUGUGUUUGUCAAACAAAAUGGUCAUUAUUAUUUUAGUGAAUGUACUUGUCGACGUGAGACUUGGGCUUCACUUCUUGAAAAGGCUUAUGCCAAGGUUUAUGGUGGCUAUGAAAAGCUUAAAGGGGGGCAUGUGGGAGAAGCAUUUGAGAAUUUGAGUGGCCAAACAAGGGUAGUCUAUAAUUGCUCCGAUAUAUUAACCAGUCAAACUAAAAAGGAUGCUCUUUGGGAAAGUCUUUUAGGUAGAAUGAAUCAUCAUAUUGGGUUUGGCUGCGAAACUUAUCCAAAGCCAUCCAAUGGCGUAAAUAAAGGCCCUGAUGGUUUAAUAUUAGGUCAUGUCUACAGCGUUAUUCGUGCUGUUAGAUUCAAACCAUCUAAUGCACUUAAUGUUCAAUUGGUCGAAGUUCGUAAUCCAUGGGCUCAUGCUGAAUUCACACUUUCAUGGAAUGAUAAAGAUACAAUAAGCUGGAAGCCAGGUUAUGCAACAAAACUACAACAUUCACUUGAUGAUGAUGGUUCUUUCUUCAUGACGUAUGAUGACUUUUUGACUCACUUUAAACGUAUUGAAUCAUGCGCUUUUCAAUUUGCUGGUGAAUGUUAUGAGGUUUUUUCGGAUCCACUAGAUUUUCCUGACAGAAAGCAAACUAUAACACAUGAUAAACUGCCUCCUGUGGUAUAUAUAUAUCAUAGUUUCACGGGCUAA